AUGCUAUCUCGAGACGACAAAGUAAAAACCCAAAACCAGACCAACAUGUAUUCUCGCAAGCUUCUGAACUUCCCUCUGCGACACUUUGCGACGCGCACUCCAAUCCUCCGCUCGGCGCGGCCCCACCAGCCAUGGCAGACCAGGACAAUGUCUUUGAUGCAACGGGGCCAAAGACACCCUGGCGCUGGCUUUCCCUCCUUGUCUCGAGCGCUUACCGACCUCGAGUCCUUCCUGAGUCGCCCCGUGGGCAGCCAUGAUCUACUGGGCCAAUAUCCUCGGUUUGACGUCCGCGAGACCAAAGACAGUUAUCGUCUCGACGGAGAGCUUCCGGGAGUGGACAAGAAAGACAUUGAUAUUGAACUGAGCGACGACAACGUCCUGACCAUCAAGGGACGCUCGGAGCGAGAGUCAACAUCGGAAGAUCCCGACCAAUCCUGGUGGUGUUCGGAGCGUUCGGUCGGGGAGUUCAGACGGUCGUUCCGGUUUCCCGACAGUGUCGACCGCGAGGGGAUCGAUGCGAGUUUGAAGGACGGUGUCCUCUCGAUUACCGUCCCGAAAACAGCGGAAUCGUCGGUGAGCAAACGUAUCGACAUUAAGUCAGAGUGA